AUGUGUACAGAGGACGAAAUUUCGGCAAUGACAGAAUUUCUCGACGAAGAAAGAGCAAGUGCUGAAAUUGUUCAAUUAAUUACGCUGAAUAUGACGAAAGAUGAGCAGGAUUUUAGUUUGCCGCAUGACCAAUAUGAAAUGUUGCGAAGAUCGUGCAACAAAGUUUUGAAUAAAAUUGUAAACAGUAAUUUGAAAGAGAAUGUCGACCAGUUCCUCAACACGCUAACACCAAAUGAUAACAAUAAACUGAGGGCAUACGGGAUGUUAUCUGAAGAGGAUAAGCUCGUCGCAUUCAUUGACGAGAAGAUAACUGAAAUGAAUUUCACUGGCAUCGAUAAAAGUGAAAUUGAGAAGUAUUUAAAAGAUCUCUUUAUGUCGUUAAAACUUGACUAA